AUGGGAGCCGACUCGCAGACGAAAACGAUCUUGUGCGCCAAAACGCCCGAACUCAUCGAGACGGCAAUCGCCGACCGCAAGCCAGAACAAUCACAGACUGACCCACAUAACCGGGCAACGACGGCCGACAUCCUCGUGGCGGAGCUGUCCCAAUCCGACUCAACACUCUCCGGGGCCCAGUUCGAGAAGGCACUGCAAACCUGCAGCAAUGUGGUGCACGAGGCAGAGGUGGACCGGAAGCUGAAGGAGAUCGGUUCCGCUACGCCCAUCCUGCCUUCCGAGAUCGGAACGGAUUUCAACUUUAAGCGAGAAAUCGUGUGGAAGAAUGUGGUCGGAUUUCUGCUGCUACACAUCUGCGGCUGGGUAGGACUACAUCUGGCUUUCUGGCGAUACUGCGACUAUCGUACGACGCUUUACACGCUUUGGCUCAUGUACGCCUCUGGGCAGGGUGUAACGAUGGGUGCCCAUCGACUCUGGUCUCACCGGGCGUUCAAGGCGAAGCUCUGGCUGAGGAUCAUCCUGCUGUGGAUGCAUACACUGGCCGGACAGAACUGCCUGUACGUGUGGGUUCGCGACCACCGACAGCACCACAAGUUCUCGGACACGGACGCCGACCCGCACAACGCUAACCGUGGAUUCUUUUUCUCGCACAUUGGAUGGCUUCUGUCCCGAAAGCACCCGAAGGUGAUAGAAUACGGCAAGAAGAUCGACAUGUCCGAUCUAGAGGCAGAUCCGCUGAUUAUGUUCCAAAAGGAUCAUUACAAGCUGCUGUACACAAUUUUUGCACUGUUUGGGCCUACGGCUAUUCCGGUUUACUGCUGGGGAGAAAACCCCUGGUACGCACUCUUCGUAGCGUUCUUCUUCCGCACGGUACUCAGCCUCAACGGAACCUGGUCGGUGAACAGUGCGGCCCACAUGUUUGGGACGCGGCCUUACGACAAGACCAUGUGGCCAGUGGAGAAUAUGUUUGUAUCGUUCGUGGCGGUCGGUGAGGGCUGGCACAACUAUCAUCAUGCCUUCCCGUGGGAUUACCGAGCAUCGGAGUACGGAACGCCGCUCAAUCUAACCGGCACGCUAAUCGAUCUGUUGGCAAAGUUUGGCGCAGUGUACGACCGCAAAACGGCUACCCCGAACAUGGUCAAAAACCGUGUCAUGCGUACCGGCGACAAAUCGCAUCACACCUACGGUACGGAUGAAGGGCGCAGCGCUUUUACCACGCUGUGGAACAUCUGGAAGCAUCCGUCCAAUCCGACCUACAACUCAAUUCACACGCCCAAGCCGAAAAUACUGCAAUCCGACGGUUACGCGCUUAUUCCGGACGAGUUGAAGCAGUCCGAACGGGACGAGGACAUCCUAUCGAAGGAGAACGAGGAGCUGAUGAGACGCCAGAAGGAGGAAGAGAACCGCACGACGGAAGCGAACCAAAUCUACAACAAGCUGUCGAAAUAUAUCAAGGAACAGCAGCAAUCGGUACCGGAAACGGUGGACGAACUGUUGCUACAACAGACGAACAAUAACGUCGACAAGGGUGCACUGGUGCAGGGCAAGGCGGCACUAAACGUCCUCGACUGCAACGACAACGCGCUCGUAAAGCGGAAAGUAAUGGUGGACGCUGCAUCUGCCACUUCAAGUCACCACUAGAUGACGGCAGGGUGGCUACUACCGGUAGUCAUGAUUUCGUUCGCAUUAGUCGCCCCCAAAACGAGCGUGCUUCGGUUCGGUCUCUACUCGCAUUGAAGCACCUGCUACAUCUUGCACAGAUCCUGACGCCAGACGUCCGGGUUUCCUACCGGUACGAACCGAACCGUGCUCGUUGGGCCUACAACUAUUUUUAAACACCUCAAACGCACUGGCGGGAUUGGCAGGCCAAGCUGUCUUCGAGAGAUGCUCAAUGAAAUACCAAAUGUACAGUGGACGCUCUCGAUAAAUUUGCUGCACUAUUUUGUUCGCAGCACCAAAAGGGGAAGCAAAGGCCCUAGCAGAUGUUCAGUCGAGCUGAUCUAACCCUGCUAUACACAGAAGGAUCGUUGGAAUGUUGUGAUGGUAUUUUAAUUGCUCGCCGAAGGUCGAAUACGAUCAUCAUAUAUUCCAUCCAGGAAAAUAGAACGAGAUUUAGAUCCUGUUUCCAUGUCAGAGUCAGAGAGCAGGAUGGGCGACGCUGUGUAUCUUUUCACAAGAUUAUUACGAUAAUGAACUUUUAUAUUAAUGCGUUUACCCUACCUUUACCCUAAGCUAAUUGAGCCAAGUAAGAAAAACGCGGAUGCGCGGAAAUGUUAAGCCGUAAAGUUCUUCACCUGUACAGAGUAGAACAGUCUCGUGUACAGCUGUUUGUGGGGAUUCUAUUCUUUCU